CUCAGUACAUUUUUGACCGCGCUGCGAUGCAGAUCUCACUGGAAAACAAAAUCCAGUCCCAACGGUGUCAGUGAUCAGUGGACAGUUAUACAAGUCAGUUCUACUGCUUCUGCUAGCUAAAGGGUAGUUCCAGCAAUUAAUGUGAUUUUAUUACUUCAAUAGUUAUUGAUUUUACAUAUCACGCUGCUUGUGUUACACUGGUAGUAUGUGAAAGAUAAAGUGCACUGUGACAGUGGAAAAGAAGUUUUACCCUAGAAAGUUUUGUGAAUGUUUGGGAGAAUGUUAAGCCUCAUAGUAUCUUGUUGAAUUGCGGUCCUUCUGCUUAAGAACGGAGAGGUGCCUAUAAGUUAUUGCUCGGUGCUUAUCAGUGACCUCCUGAUACGCUGCGUUCAAGAGAGCAUGUGUUUGUUUUGGCGCCAGCUGAACGAUUCUCCGAGGUAACCGGCGAAAAACGUCACACUUCAGACUACCUACAUUGUUUUAUUAUUGGAAUACUGACUCAACUGGCUAGGGGUUAGCCCCUCACCCAGUUACAAACGUGCUGAAUUCGUAGGAGGACCCCCGAAAGAGGAGUCUAGCAUUUCAAAUCAGUGAACCAAGAGAACAGCGUUGAAUCCAUUCUUUCAGGACAUAAAGAAACAGAGAAUUCUUAUCAGUGAAUUCUUGCUGGAAGUGUGAGUAAAGUUUAUUCUGUUGCAUAGAAAACAGUGCCCCCGAAUCGUCUAUAAAGGAAACGAAAUGGCAACGUUACUGUAUACGAUCAUUGGCAUGACGGCCAGUGCAUCACUGAACUGCGCCGUCCGACGGGAAAUCUCCCCCUGUACGUGUUCGCCCCAUGGCUUGUUUGCUAACACGAUCGAGGUCAAGUGCGAACAGAUGGACUCUUUCCAUCAGGUGGUGGAUGCCCUGCAGGAUCGAUUCACCCCGGAUUACAAUAUUUGGUUGACAAUUUCGCACUCACAACUGCUGGAUCUAGCCACUCGAACGUUCUACGAGAUGAAUAUGAGCAUCAAGACGCUAAAGAUGAACUAUGAUAACUUGAGUCAUUUGCCGGUAUCGACGUUUCAGAAUCUGCCAAGGUUAGAGUUUUUCAGCGUGGCGGAGAACCGCUUGGAAGAGAUUCCGCCGGAUAUGUUCCAGCAUAUGCCCAAUGUUGGAACACUAGACUUCGGAAAGGGUAUGCUGCGUUUCAUCAAUGGGAAUACUUUUAAACAGCUGCAAAAUCUCCGGCACUUAAUAAUGCCCUCUAAUCUUCUGCAUCGUAUCGAUACCGAUUCAUUACCGCGUACAUUGAUAUCGCUGCACUGGGGCCAUAAUAAUUUAACAUCAUUGAAUGGAACACUGCGCCAUUUGGAUGAACUUAAACUCUUGUUCGUGAACGAUAACCAUUUGGUUUCACUUGACGAUGAACUUCCGCUAGCUUCACCAAAUCUGAUGACUAUUUUCGCACAGAAUAAUAAAAUCGAUCACCUUCCAGUUGAGAUUAAAUAUUUGAAAAACCUGGACUCGUUGUAUAUUGAAGGUAAUCAAUUACGCACUUUUGAUGGACUGCUUUCACGUUCCGCACAACUUACCAGGCUAUGCGCUUAUGAUAACAAAAUUAACCAGUUGAGAAAAGACGAAUUUAGGGAAGCCGAACGGUUGGAGGAGCUUCAGCUAGCGGAGAACAAACUAACCAGUUUGAAUGGCUCACUACAGAGCAUGAGAGGUCUCAUCAUGGCCAAUUUUAGUUUCAACUUGUUGGAUGAGUUUUCGCUACAAGAAGUAGCAGGUUUGCGUAAAUUGCGUAUUCUCGAUCUUUCACACAACCGAAUAGAAAAGCUUGUCGGCCGAAUGGAAAACCUUGUUGAUUCGGGCUCGAUCAUCUACGAGUUACGGUUGCAGCAUAAUUUAAUCAAAUCUCUUGACGGCGCUUUGAUGGGACUAAACAAUCUGAAGAUUUUGAACGUUGCUCAUAACCUGUUGGAAGUCAUAACCCCCGAUGAUCUGAUUGGCAUGGAGAAUUUAGAGCAUCUGGAUUUGUCGUUCAACAAGCUGAAAACUUUGGAAGAACUAUCUAAGACCUUCCUUCCGUCGCUGCAAUUGGUAAAUGCAUCGUACAAUUUGCUCACCACCAUGGAUAAAGAUUUCCACGGUCUACCGGUGCUGUGUACAGCUGACUUGUCCAACAAUAUGAUCCGUGUCCUAUCCGUCGAUCUUGUAUCGCAAACGAGAUGCAGUAACCAUGGGGUACCGAACAAAUUGGAAAUUUUCCUCCAAGAAAAUCCUGUCCUCUGUGAUGAGUCUCUCCCGGAGUUGGUGUCCCAGAUGGAAUCUUACCAUGCCCGGUUGAUCGGUAUAGCGCACUGCAUCGUUCCCCAGCAAAUUCCGAUGGAUUCACCAAUUUUCAUGCAACCUCCGAUUCCGUUACUCAAGCCAUUACUAAAACCGCAGCUUCCUAUGGUACCGGCUCCAGUCAUGAUCCAGCAGCCGUCGAUUGUGCAAAUCCUAGUGCCUGCGCCGCUAGUGGUACAAGCCCCAGCAUUCACUGAUACCGCAGCUGGCGUAGUACAGUCGAUCCCCUCAGUGCAAGGAAUUCAAGAACUUCAGCCGCCACCAGUCGCAUCGCCUCCGCAGAUCAGCCACAUCCCGCAGCAGCAGUCUUACGAUGAAUUAAAGUACGAUGCACAGCCAGAGGCGGCCGCAGAAUCCGAAACUCUGGCGCCACCACCAGAGGAUAAUGACAUCGCAAAAAUACCCUCCCCUACAAGCACGACUAUGAAAACGAUUCUUGAAUUCAAGAACAUUAUUCACAACACUUACUCGGCGAUACCUCCGGAAGUUCUUCCGCUUUCGCUCGACAAAGCACAAGGAUUAGCGACGGAACCGGAAGAACCACCGGAAACACAGCAAGAUCAAGGGGUAGAUCUAGGUGAUCAUUAAACAGUAGGAUGGUUAUUAUUAUCUUCUUUCCCUCUAUUACGUGAUAGAAAGUAAAUACUUGUUCGGAGUUGAAUUUCUGAAUAACAAUUUUCAUGAGAAAAAUGUUCACAGUUUAGAUUUUUUCUAUGUGUAAAUGUAGGAAAAUGAAAAUGGUUAUUUUGCAACGUAGGGAUCUUCGUGAUCGGAAAAUAUUAUCGUCCUCCUCGAUUUAGUUUACUUAUGGAAAAAUAGAAGCUAGUUUUGAAUCGAGAGCAUUGGACAAGAGUUUAUAAAAAGUCCAAUAUAAAUGACAUAUGUUAAACAGUUUAAUGCACUCCACCAAAAAAAAACCUGUUAAUAAAUGUUACAGAUCAUAUUAGAAGCUCAUGACGAUAAAUUAUUCAUAUAGAUUGUGUUAUGCUAUCUAUCAACAGAACGAUAAAAAUUGAGAUUUUUUCGCUUAGCUACGUUACUGAUCUGAUAAAUUUGAUAAGAAAAACAUUGAGAUAAGGUGAAAUCAAACGUGACAAUUAAAAGUACCACAUACAUUGCUUAAACUGAAUUUUAAAAAAAUGUCAUACAUGUGGAUAGUGAUUAGCCUCAACAUAAGAGGUAUGAUAUGUUAUGAAAAAGAAUAUAGUAGAGCAAUCUUGUUAAUUGAGACAUCUAGCAAGUAGGGUGCCAUCGUCUAAUAAUUGUGCCAUUUUACCUGUAAAAUUCACUUGUGUUUCGUAGCUAUCUGUUAGUCCUUUUUUAUUUUCCUUUCAUAUUUUUUAUAUUAUAUUUAUUCACAGUAAUCAAAGGUAGAUAACGCCAUAGGUUUAUUUUGACAAGAGCUCUCUUACUCUUAUAAGCCUCUCUUAGAUGUACUUUCUCCAAUUUUCAAACAUGAUAUACAAUAUUUGCAAGGUAUUUGAAACAAUGUGAGGCAGUAUAAAUCACUGCGUAGAUUUAUGUUUUGAACUAAACCGCUGCACAUUAUUACAAAAGAAAACCAUAUGUGCAAGUACAAUGUAAAAGAGUGCUGAUGGAUUGUAGUAAUAUGGUGUAAAAAAUAAAUCAAGCAGUUUUAACUGUAAGUUUGCAUAUAUCAACAAAAUCAGAAACUAUAUGAAUCCUGAAUGAUGUAACAAAAAUACUUUUCGCAAAUAAACAAAUACAGAUACUUUAAA